GUGGGCACGGCGUCCGUGGCGGCGCCCCACGCCCUCCUUGUUGGCAGCCACGGCCUGGCGGAAGGCGACGUCAUCGCAUUGCUCUACAACGUCGCCGGGAAAAGAAUAUGGCACGAACGCGUGAUCAUGCACUUGCUGCCUGGCGGCACAACGAUCGUCACCGCGCUCGCUCCCGACUGGGACUCGUACGAAGAGGACCUCGCCCCUGGAAGCGACUCGCUGCGGCGGGGCGCGCCGCUGCCUCAGGAGGCGGCCUCGCAGGCGUGGUGGCAGCGCUGUGCGGGCCUGGCUGAGGCCCUGGCCCCGCGGGGGCUCUGGCGCCUGGGGCUUGCACUGUCCCGGCGGCUGGAGGCGGCGGCCCUGGUGCCGGCGGCCGCGGCCCCUGCCAGCGGCCUGCCGCCCUUGGCACUGGCGCCGUCGUCCCCCGCAGCGCCCGCAGCGCCCGCGGCCGAGCCGCCGGCGCCUGGCUUUGGCGCGGCGCAGCUG